GUUUGUGAUAAAAACAAAAGACAUUAUAUACUCUGUCUGAUAAUAAUGCUACUUGUGUUAUGUAGUGUGUACUGUGUCCUCUUACGGCACGUGAGAAAAAUACGAUCAAAUCUACUGUGUGGUCUGUAGGUCACUAUAACCUCAAAACGUUGCAUUAUGCAUAAUCAAUCUGUGAGAAGUAGCCUUUGAAUAUAGUGUAGCCUUAAGAUAUUAUCGUCGCAUCUUUAUUUACGUGUACCACUGCCAAAAUGGCAAUUAUGAAAAUAUUGUUACGACCAGAUAUCGGAAGGUUCACUGGGGUCAGACAUUUAAAUACUAAACCAAAAUUUGGUCUACUUUUUGACAUUGAUGGUGUAAUAAUACGUGGCAAAAAUGUAUUACCUCCUGUACCAGAGGCUUUCAAACAACUUCAAGGGAAAGAUGGCAAAUUUCGUGUGCCAACUGUGUUUGUCACCAAUAGUGGAAAUGCAUUGCCUAGGCAAAGAGCAGCAGAUUUAUCCAAAUGGCUAGGAUUUGAAGUAAAAGAGUCACAAGUUGUUAUGGCUCACACACCAUUAAAAUUAUUCCAACAGUAUCACAAUAAACAAAUACUGAUAUCUGGUCAAGGCCCCAUUAAAGAAAUAGCUAAAGAGUUGGGGUUUAAAAAAACAGUAACUAUCGAAGAAGUAGUAAAAAAUUUUCCCUCUUUAGAUUAUAUAAAUGUGGAAAAGAGAAAUCCAAUAUGUGGUCCUGUGGAUCCGAAGUUUCCUACAAUAGAAGGCAUUGUAUUAUUUAAUGAACCAAUUUCUUGGGAAACCCCAUUACAAUUAAUUGUAGAUAUUUUAAUGACUAAUGGCAUGCCUGCUGGUUUACUUGAUGAAAUUGCAUAUCCACAUAUUCCAGUCUUGGCAUGUAAUAUGGAUUUAUUGUGGGUAUCAGAAGCACCAAUUCCCAGAUAUGGUCAUGGUGCUUUUCUAUUAUGUCUAGAAUCUUUAUAUAAAAAAGUGACAGGAAAAGAUUUGAUGUAUUCUGCUCUAGUCGGGAAACCUAGUGAAAUUACAUACUAUCAUGCAAAUUCUGUACUUCACGAGCAUGCUAGAAGUAUUGGAAUAGAUCAUAAUGUUGACACUAUAUAUGCUAUUGGAGAUAAUAUCAAUACUGAUAUUUUUGGUGCAAAUUUAUAUGAUAAAUAUCUGUCAUAUUGCACGAAGGAGGAAGUAUUAAAGUCUGAUAAAUUGAAGAAACUACUUAACAAAGAUAUUGAACCACCUAGUGCAAAAGCUUGUAUUAGUAUUUUAGUCGAAACUGGUGUCCAUCAACGAGAUUCGAAUUUUAUAUCAGAACAUACUCAUGCAGACUUCUUACCAAUUGAAGAAAGCCUGUGCAAGCCUGCAUUCGUAGUGAAACACGUUGGCGAAGCUAUUAGUGUCGCGUUUAAGGAAGAAAAAUUUGACUGAACUAAAUAUGUAUAGAACGUAUUUUUAGAUCUGGAAUGUUCACAUCCUAAUAUCAAUUAAAGAAAAAGAAGAUAUAAGAAAUUAGAUAUAUCUCCGCUAAUGUGAUCAUAGUUGGCACGUUACCACAAUACAAACAUAUAUAUAGAAACAUGGAGAAAAAGGAAAAUAAAUAAUGAGAAAUAUAAAAAUGUUUGCUGAGACGAAGACUGACCACCUAUGUAAAAUUGAAUCGAUAAUAACCAACUAACUAGAGCUGGUCGAUAAUUUGUUUUAACAUUAGCAAAUUAAAGGGGAGGAAGAAGAAGCAGUAAUCGUUGUUUAUCGAAGCGAUAAAAAAUUAUUUAAGAUUGCAUGAAAGAAUAUAGCGCUCUACAAAAUUAACGAUGCCAUAGAUAAUAAAGGGCAAUUAUAUACCCAUAUAUACAGUUCAUUGCAAAAUUGAAAGCAAUGCACAAUUGUAUUGCUUUUUAAUUAUAAUUUAAUUAUAAUUUAUUUAAUUAUAAUAAGAAGUCUGUGAUUUUU